AUGGUAUCACCAAAGCCGAGUUCCAGCGACGCAAACAACGAUGUACCUCCGUCAAUCAGAAUCCAUGGCCCUAACCAAGAUGUCUGGUCACCUUCAGACCCUGAGAUGGAUGGAGGAAACGUCUGGGAGGAUUUGGGCGCGGGACAUCCCCACCAGGGUAAUGGAAGCAAUCCGGCAACACAAGAUGUGCCAGAGGCGCUGCGACCGGGCGUAAUACCAAAGAGUUCGUUCGAUACAACAGAGGAGAAUCCCUGGGAGGAGCCGCGUAAAGACACCUCGAAGCCAAAGAUAACGCUUGAACACACACCCACAGUCCUGCGGCCGGGCGGCAAGCUAGAAACGAACCCUUUCAAGCGCAAGCCGGUUAGCACUGCUGUGUCUAGCAGCAAUGCCAAUGUCACACCAGCACGGCCGAACGCAGAUCCUGUGGUUCCAACCGAGACUUUCUCCAAACUUCAAGUCACUGACUCCGACUCGAACAUCAACCCUUGGAAACCCUCCGCUGAUGAGCCCCAAUCCACCUCGAAACCUCCAAUUCCUUCGAUAAGCCGACAAGACUCUGAAAAGAACAUUUGGGGCGCACCUCCAAUCGGGCAGGUUUCUGAGGAUCUGAGAGAGAACUCGCCUACGCCAAUGUCUCUGCCGUCCGGUAGGGAAUCGCCAGCUUGGGAUGAGGUCAAUCGUGCAAAGCCUUCUCUUGGUUCGGUACCGACGAGAUCUACAGAAGAGCAGGAGAUAUCGCAAGACGCACAUGCUUGGGAUGACCUUGGUGAUCUUAUUGGCCCCAACGCCUCGGUCAAGCCCAGCCUCUCGAGACAAAGUACAUGGGAGAAUUUCGUGGAUGGCGAGGAAGAGCAGAAGGAAUCAACACCGAUAUCGCCUCCUCCUAUUGUAGCAGCGGAUGAGCCGGUUGCAGAAGCCCAACCAGUGACAGAAACUGAACCGGCGGUGGUGACUGGGCCCUCGGAGCCGGCGCCGCCGCCUUUACCCCCAAGACGAGCAGAGUCGCCUACCCAACCAGCAACGACAACUACAUCCAACGCCACCGACAGGACGGAGACAUACCAAAUCAAAAAUAUAAACUGGUUCGACGCAAACGCGUCCCAAAACCCGCGAAGAUCACCUAUCCUCAUACAAAAUGUUAACGGUCCCUGUCCAUUGGUCGCUCUCGUCAAUGCCUUGACACUAACGACGCCCGCUGACCUGCCCAACACGGUUCUCGUUGAGACUCUACGCACCAGAGAGCAAAUUAGCUUGAAUCUUCUUCUUGAGGCUGUGUUUGAUGAGCUGAUGUCCCCAAGAAGAACAAAGUCAGAUGCGGCAUUGCCUGAUGUCAGUGAGCUAUACGCUUUUUUGAAGGGCCUGCAUACAGGGAUGAAUGUCAACCCGCGAUAUGUCCCAACUCCCGAGCUCGUCAAUCUUCACAAGAGAAAUUCAACUCAUGUACACCCUUCAGAACGUGACGACACCGUUCCUGGGACUUUCGAAGACACGCGCGACAUGAAACUCUAUUCUACCUUCUCGAUACCUUUGAUCCAUGGGUGGCUACCGCGCAAUGACGACCCUGCCUAUGCGGCAUUCUCUAGGCAGGCAACAUCAUAUGAUGAGGCACAAAAUUUGAUGUUCAGAGAAGAGGAACUUGAAGACAAACUAAGCAAUUCCUCCGCUGGCCUCACAGAGCAGGAGCAGCAAAUAUAUCAAGAUAUAAUCACCAUACGAUCAUGGCUCAGCUCGUCUGCCACACAACUCACAAGAUGGGGCCUGACGGUAAUCACCAAAUCCAUCCAGCCAGGGACCUUUGCCAUCCUGUUCCGGAAUGAUCACUUCUCCGCUCUGUACAGACAUCCGCAAACCCAUCAGCUAUUCAGUCUCGUUACGGACGCUGGUUUCUACACUCACGAUGAAAUUGUAUGGGAAUCAUUAGUUGACGUCAAUGGCGAGCGGACAGAGUUUUUCUCGGGCGACUUUCGACUGGUCGGUGGUCCAGAACAAGGACUUUCGCAGAAUGUACAGGAGCAUUGGUAUGAUGCCGAUGAUUCUGGUGCUCAGGGAGGUGAAUGGCAAACUGUACGGAACAGGAAUGGUCGUAACGCUCAAGGGCGGUCAGAUCCGCCUGGCUCACCAAUGUCGGGUGAUCACGAACAAGAGGAUCGUGAUCUUGCGCUUGCCCUGCAACUUCAGGAAGAGGAGGAUGAGCGCCAUCGCAAUGAGCAAGCCGCCCGCCGCCGCGAAAGCCAAUUGUCGGAGCAGUUCAUAGAACAGCAAGGGCGAGGCGGAACAGCGCGGACUGGUCCGCUUGGGCGUGGAGGUAAUGCGAGAGGAGGUAGUGUGAGAGGGGGCUUAGCACCAGCACGGACGAGCUCAGCUUCCAUCAAUGUCCCAGUGCGUGGCGGCAGUAACACUGCCCGUGGUGGUCGCCCAGUGCAACAAGUUCGCCCACUGGUUCCACCAGUCAAUACUACCCACCGACCUACGAAUCCCGAGGACGAGGAUGCACCCCCAUCAUACGAACAGGCUAGUAGAGCUGAGCCAUACGUGCCUCCAACGGGCCACCCCAAUCAUCCCAGCAGCACUCCCAGCAGCGCUACUACCGCACGCCGGAGAACAACACUGUCGGGUAAUGGGCCACCGCAGCCUUCGCCACCGCAAGCAGGACCGAGUAAUCCAGGCGGAAUGGGUAGAGGCCGUCCCAUGGCAGCCCAUCAGCAAAGUGCAUCUGUAGGAAGGGACAAGGAUUGUUUGGUCAUGUAA